CGUCGCGUAAUCAGUCCAAUCUCCGAGAGGGAAAGCAUAUUGCAGUAAAGGUCUAUUCUAAGAUCGGUCUCUCUUCAUUUGUGCUUUUCCACUUUGCAGUAACCAGAGUCAACAACUUGUUUUCAAUACCCCUUUUGCGUACCUACUCCCGUUACAGCAAUGGCGGAAGCAACACCACCCUUGAAGAGAAAGGUCAUUGACCUAACCAAUGAUUCUGAUUCACCCUCAACCAGCCCAAUUCCAAAUUCGAACUUGCCUGAAGAGUUAGACCCGAAAUUCAGAAGUGCAGUCGCAAAAGCAAGUCUCUUCAAGCUUCGGACCGCUAUAUUGGAGCUGUGCAAACAAAUGCCAGAAGCAGUCAAGAUACUUGAGCCAAUCCUUAUCUCUGAAACGCCACCGCCUCAACGAGAGAUCCGACAUGCACCAGUUCGAUCUUCGAGACUUCGGCAGCUUGCGUCCAAAGGUGCACGGAAAAGUGCGCCCUCAUCAGGGCCUCCCGUGUAUGACAGCGAUGAUGAGAGCGAGGAGGAGAAUGAGAGGAAGAAGCAGAGGACAGUCAGAGAAUGCGAAUAUGGCGGUGGCGAUGCGGAUACUGGAGACGAUGGAUGUUGCAAGUUUGGUCGCAUGGAUAACUAUAAAAUAGAAGCGGUUGAAGAGGAGUACUUUCGGACUAGACUUUGAAUUUAGAGGCAGAUUCGAGUUCAUAGUGCUCUGAACAAAUAUUAGGGAAGCUGAAUACAGAAUCCGGGUUUCAAUAGCAAAGCGAAC